CUUGGCUUUUACCUACCUCAGCCUGUGGGCUGCUUGGAAUCACAGAACUGUGAGAUAACAGUGCCCGCAUUCUUUUCCCUCAUGUCUAAUUCUACAAGAUAAGGAAAUGGAAACCCUGCCUUCUAUAUAGUAAAAUGUAGCUUCUUAGGAACGAUGUGCUGGGAUACCAUCAUACCAGACUUGAAAAAUGUCUGAAAAUUCCAGCGACAGUGAUUCAUCAUGUGGUUGGACUGUCAUCAAUCAUGAGGGUUCUGAUGUAGAGAUCAUGAAUUCUGCCACAGCCAGUGACAGCUGUGAACUGACUCUAGAAUGUUCCUCAUUAGAGCAAGAGGAACUGCAAGUUCUUCAUGUGGGGCCUGGAGGUAGUGAAAGCAGUGCAAACAGCAUGUCAUUGGUGGAAGAGACUAGGUUGUCAUCAGUGGAAGAAACCAAGUCGGCAGUUGAGGUGGAGGAGGCAACUUCCCCUGAAGACAAUGCAUAUUUCGGAACUACUAGUGAUGAUUCUGAUAUUGUUACACUUGAACCACCUAAGCUGGAAGAAAUGGGGAACCAGGAAGUUAUUAUAAAAGAAGCGCCCAGCUCCGAAGACUUUAACAUGGGUUCUUCCUCCAGUAGCCAGUACACCUUCUGCCAGCCAGAAUCCGAAAGGUGGUGGGAGAAGCUGUGGAAGAUUCCUGAAUGCAUAAGGGGAUGGGAUGAUCAGCUGAAACUCCGUGUUCCUAGCCAGCUCGCUCUCCAAGUUUUCUCAUCUCAGCCUAGUGAUGAGGAAUCCAGUAGCGAUGACACCAGCCACGAGCCCAGCCCUGCCCCGAGAAGGCGCCGCAACAGGAAGAAGACUGUUUCAAUCUCAGAGUCUGAGGAGCCACCACUUGCCGAGCCAGAAGAUGAACCCUCUAAGGAGCCUAGUAAACGCCACUUUAGUGGUGGCCUUAACAAGUGUGUUAUCCUGGCUUUGGUGAUUGCUGUCAGCAUGGGAUUUGGACAUUUCUAUGGCACAAUUCAGAUUCAGAAGCGCCAGCAGUUAGUCAGAACAGUCCACAGAGAUGAGCUCACUGAUAUGAAGGACUACCUCUCACGAUGCCAGCAGGAACAAGAGUCUUUCCUAGAUUCUAAGUCACUGAAAGAAAACCUUGAGAGGUGUUGGACUAUUACCCAUGCAGAGGAGAUCACCUUUGACACUCAGAAGAAGAAUCUUGCUGCAGAAAACCAAUAUUUAAGAAUCUCUCUGGAGAAGGAAGAGAAAGCCCUGUCUUCACUGCAGGAAGAGUUACAGCGACUGAGGGAGCAGAUUAGAUUGUUGGAGGAUAAAGGCACAAGUACCCAGUUAGUUAAGGAGAACCAGGCUCUUCAGCAGUGUUUAGAAGCGGAGAAACAGAAAACAAACAGUUUCCUGAAUGAAAGGGAGACUCUGUUAGAGGAAGCAAAGAUGUUGAAGAGGGACCUGGAGAGAGAGCGGCUCACAGCGAUGGCUCUGCGGGCAGAACUUGAGCAGUUAGGCCCUUGCCAGGCACAGGAUCAUGCGGAUUCUCCCCGUGUGCAGACUGAAGAGAAGGAAGUCGUGCUGUUACAGCAGAGACUUGCUGAGUUGGAGCAGAAGCUAACCUUUGAGCAGCAGCGCUCUGACUUGUGGGAAAGACUGUAUGUUGAGGCGAAGGAUCAAAAUGGAAAGUUGGAGACUGAAGGGAGGAAGAGAGGAAGCCGAGGAAACCCCAGGGCUAAGAGCAAGUCAAAGGAGACAUUUCUGGGGACAGUUAAGGAAACAUUUGAUGCUAUGAAGAAUUCUACCAAGGAGUUUGUGAGACAUCAUAAAGAAAAAAUCAAGCAGGCGAAAGAAGCUGUGAAGGAAAAUCUGAAGAAGUUCUCAGAUUCAGUGAAAUCCACUUUUCGACAUUUCAAAGAUACCACUAAGAAUAUCUUUGAUGAAAAGGGCAGUAAGAGAUUCGGGCCUUCAAAAGAAGCAGCCACUGAAAAGCCAAGAACAGCUUAUGGUUAUUCUUCAUACUCCCUGCACGAGACACUGAACCAAAAGCAGAAUUGCAGAGGCCCUUCUGCACAGAGCAAGGGCGGGAGAGAAAAGCCCAGCCACACAGAAGAAAGUAGAAAAGAUGCAAAUUCAGAUACGUACAAGGCCAAGUUUGACUGCAGGGACACCCACUCCACCAGAAGGGUUUUUUCGGACAUGUUUGAAUGUGCUGGACAAGAACCUGGUAGCUCUGUUAACGCAGCGAGUCCCGUCAGGAUAAAUGAUUUCAGACAGCUGAUUCAGUGGUACUUACUGAACGAACUGGACACUUUCCACCACUGGAGAGAACUAGAUCAGUUCAUCAGCCCGUUUUUCCCAAAUGGCGUCUUUAGACACGACCAGAAGCUCUUCACCGACUUUGUUGAUGCCGUGAAAGGUUACCUUAAGGGAAUAAAGGAGUAUCAAGUGAAGGAUGACAAUUUGGAGAAGUUGGAUCGAUACAUAUAUAGACAUUUUGGGCACAUUUUCGCCCUUCCGUUCGGACCCAGUCGACCCGAUAAAAAGCAACAACGUAUGGUAAAUAUUGAAAACUCCAGGCACCGAAAGCAAGAGCAGAAGCACCUUCAUCCACAGCCUUAUAAAAGGGAAGGUAAAUGGCAAAAAACCAGUCGCGCUAACGGAAGACACACGGCAAACCUUGAGAUAGAAUUGGGGCGGUUACCUUUUGACCCUAAAUACUGACUCAUGAUUAAGUUAGGAGAUGCGGAUGCUUUCUGCUUUGUUUGGUGUUGAAAUUAAGAUGAAAUCCCCAAGACAACUGUCUUUUCAUUUCUCAAAGACUGGUUUGAUGGCUUUCUAUUGUGCAAAGGCAAAGCUUGCUAACUUGUAUUUCCCCGUAGCUUAGGUUUGUUUAAAAAAUUUUUUUUUAAUUUUCUGCUCUGGAAAAAAAAAAUAAAAUGGUAGUUUUAUUAAGGAAGUCAGGCAUGGAACCAUCUGCAUGAAACAGGGCUUGAGUAGCUGAGCUCAGGAAGCUGAGCUCGUGCAGGGCAGUAAGUGCCAUCUUGAGGUGUGUAGUAUGGCUUGAGCGAGCGAGCUGGGGACUCCCCUCUAACAUGUUCUACUCUCACGCUUUUGUCUCUCUGGGGGAUCAAGAGCCCAUUGGCUUGUGAAGAGCUUGCUGAUUUGUUCUUGUGAACGCUCUUGCACACCUGACGCUAUGGAAGAACAAUAAACUGCACCGUGAGGAAAA